CGCGAUAUCUCGGGAAGUCUUGGCCAUUACUUCGCUUAUAAACCGCGUGGGUCCUCGCUGCAACCAGUUUUACCAUCGCACAGUUGUUUCAGUAACUAGAUCUUGCAUUAUGAAGUUCAACUCUGUGCUUUUAUCUGUCGCGUUGACGUUACCCACCUACGCGGUCGCUACCCCAGGGGUGUUCAAGGUGGACUUCAACGUUCACAGGGGGUCGUCGAUCGACUCUGCCGAGCUUGGGGCGUCUGCCCAGUUGUCCAAGAGAGAAGCUGAUGGAGUGGUGACGAUGCAAAUUGUUAAUGAAAACACCUUCUACAUGGCCAACUUGUCUGUUGGGUCAAACAGCCAGAACGUGGGAGUUCUCGUGGAUACUGGCUCGUCCGAUUUGUGGAUCAUGGGCAGUGAUAACUCGUUUUGCGCCAGGGGCACUGCUAAGCGUGACUUGAAACAAGCCAACCCGGCAGAUAGGCAAAAACGCGAUACAGGCAACGCCAUUGAUUGCAGCACUUACGGGACUUUUGACAAGUCCGCGUCAACCUCUUUCCAGAGCAACAACACCAAGUUUGCCAUCCAGUACGCGGACAACACGUUUGCGACCGGGGGCUGGGGCUACGAUAAGGUUGUCAUUGGAUCCUUGACCGUCGAUAACUUGUCUUUUGCGGUCGCUGACCUGUCCAACUCGACCAUGGGGGUCCUUGGGAUUGGUUUGGCCGGCUUGGAGACCACCUAUUCAUCUGCCACGACGGGAUCCAAACCGUACAUGUACGAAAACUUGCCGAUGAAGAUGAAGAGCGAUGGGCUUAUUGAGAAGAACAUCUACUCGUUGUAUCUCAACCAGGGCAUCGCCACCUACGGGUCUGUGUUGUUUGGUGGCGUGGACCAUUCCAAAUACGUUGGGAACUUGGUCACCGUGCCGAUUGUCAAUUCGUUGGCCAAGUACUAUGCCAAUCCUUUGAAGACCGAAAUUACCCUCGACUCUGUCUCUUACGAAGGCAACAACCUCAUGUCCACCUCUACCAUCGCGUUAUUGGAUUCGGGGUCCACCUUAUCUUACCUCCCAUCGUCUGUGGUCAGUGCUGCUGUCUCUGCCUUGGGUUUGUCAUAUAACAGCAGAGUUCAGGCAUACACCGGCAGCUGCAGUUCCUUUAAUAACAAAAGCUUCACCUUCACCUUCUCUGGUGCCACCAUCACCGUUCCUGCCUCCAACUUUUUGAUGAGCUUGGUCCUCUCCAAUGGCCAGAGCAGCAACACCUGUGCCUUUGGAAUGAUCGAAUCCAGCCAGACGGUGCUUGGCGACAGUUUCUUGAGAGCCGCCUAUGUGGUGUAUGACUUGGACGACUACGAGAUUUCCUUGGCCAAUGCCAACUUCGGUGAGUCGGCCAACAGCGAGAACGUUGUUGCGGUGGUCUCCACUAUUCCAGACGCCAGCUCUGGUGCCUCCACCGGCACCUCCAACACAGCCGCGGCCACCGGUGCCGGCAGCGCCUCUACCACCCGUAGAUCUUCCUCCUCCUCCACCAAAGCCCCUUCACUGAGCAAAAGUGGUGCCGGCCAUAUCGCCAACCCGGGGGUGUUGGCCAUUAUGGGAUCGGUCUUCGGUUCUGCCCUUUUGCUGAUUUUGUAGACCUUCAUAUCUAUUCCUCAUUUCAACCUUUGCUUUUGUCGCUUACGACGUUUAAUACUCAUCUCUAGAUAUCACAACCCUGUAUCUACAAUUUUUGGUAAACACCAGGCAACAAUGUAAUUACGGUUGAGAUUAAUUUAUGCAAGCUUUCACCUCGUCGAUUCUGGAAUACCG